AACUGCCGUUUAGCUGUGAGCUAUUGGUGCUAAAUGGUCCAAUCAGACUUGUGGGUGAAAGAGGAUACAAGCCAGGGUUGGAGGGAGAUGAGAGGGGGACCCAAAGAAGAAGGAGAGACAGCGCUGGCCCCCAGAGAAAGGAAGGAUGAUGCCAGCCCCUGAAGAAAAGAAGACGGUUCCAGCCUUCUCAGAAAGAAGCAUCCAGCAGCCGCCCUUUGAGGAGGGAAGAGAAGCUGAAGGACUCUGUCUUUGACAUUGCCUAAGAGGAGCACCAAAGGCCCUGGGCCUGGUGUCUCAAGGAGCUGUUUGUUGUUGGCAUAACCCAACAACUCACAAAGAGCUGUUAACACUUGGUGUCUCUGACACCACCUCUGCGGGACCAGUAGUGGCCAUCACUACUGGUCAGUGCUGUCCAGCACUCCUGGUGACCGGUGGUGACCAUCACUGAUGGUACCUGGGUGAGAUUGCUGCCAUUUGUUAAUACUGCCACCAACAAAAUGGAAAUGAGAGAGAUUGCUAGACACAAGCCACUACGGAAAAUGAACUCAACCAGUGAACCUUUACUAGGUACUGGUGUAGAAAUCAGUCCUUUGAAGAAAUUUACUAUUCCUAAAAUCAGAAGAACAGCUGAGAAAGUGUACUUGUCACCUUGUUACACCAAUACCAGAGAGUUUGGUUUUAUACAUGAGAAUCUUAAUCAGAGCCGACUUGAUGUAAGCUGUGACCUGCGGUCAUCAUGGCAGUUUGGUGAUACAAAACUGGUUCACAAUGAGGAUCUGGAAAAAAAAUUUACUUCUAAGAGGUCAGAGAUGCGUGAGAGUGGAAGACAUGGCAGAGAACUUGAAGAACAUUUCUGCUUUUUAGCACUUCCUCAAAGUGAUGUGACUGACAUAUAUCGGAAUGGGAUAUGUACCAAAGCAUCUUCAUUGAAGAUUUUAGGAAAUCCCCUUCUCGGAAUUUAUGUAUUUAGACAUGUUGAUGUUGCCUUGAAUUAUGCUCAUAGUAGAAGCAUUACUGUAGAGAGUAUAAUAAUUUUUAAGGUUCUCUUUGGCAAAGUAAAGAAAAUUCAGCCUUCAGUGGACAAAAACAAAAUUUCUUUGGAUCCUUCUCCUAACUUUGAUUGCCAUAUGUCAAGAACUAUACCUUCUCUGAAAGAUACCAUUGAGCUACAAGCCUACAGUUCAGUAGUAUACUUGUAUGAAUACAAUGUUCUUUCAAAACCAGUAGAUAAACCUAGGCAGUGUCUUCCAUAUGCAAUAGUAACAGUAAAAUUUAUUGGUCAAAAAAUGGAUAAUGGACACCUUAUGACAUCUUUAAGAUUCCUCUCAACAGGAUUUCCUAAAAGGGCUGAAAGAACAUGCUCUCUGAAUAACUGUACAGUGGCCAAAAGAAUUGGAAAAGGAAAAGAUGCUACUGUCAUUUUUGAGCAUUUCAGGAAACCAGUAGAUCCCUUUGUUCAAGAAAACUGUUCAUGCAGUACACUAAAUUUGGAUAUUAAUCCUUCCAACUCAAAUAUUUCCCAUUCCUAUGGAAAUGUGCAAAAUGGAAACAUUUCUAUACUUGAAACAUAUAAUGGAGAAAUGGAACACAAGUUAACAGAAUCUCAAGACACUUUUCAAGCACACACUUAUGAUUCAGGACUCUCAUUUAUUCCCAGUGAUAACAAAGAAAGUGUUAAUGGUGAUCUCUUGUUAAAUUUGACACAGCUUAAAAGUGUUUUAAGUAGUAUUUCUGCUGCCUUUCCCCUUCAAAACAAUAUUGACUCAAGCACAGUCAUUACUUCAAAACUCAUCAAAGACCCAAGACUAAUGAGGAGAGAAGAAAGCAUGGGAAAACAUCAUAAUUUUAUAGGUUUAAAGGAGAUUUUGCCAUUUGAGAAAAAUUUAGAUUUUGUUAACUCAGAAAUAAACCUAUCAUCUAUGCCAACUAAUUCUGCCUCCUCCUCUGAAGUAGUGCCUGAAGAUCAUGCUAUUCUUACUAAUUGUUUAGGCACUGCUUGCUUUAAAAUUUCUUUUGAUGAUUCACAACCACAGGACUCUAAGAACAACAAUUAUACAACUGCCAAUGAAAUUACCAUGGCACGACAAUAUGAAGACCAACAUAAUUUUUCCUUCCCAAUGUGUUUGUCAAAUGUAGUUUUAGAAAAUGAGAAUCAAAACUGCAAUGAUGGAAAAAAACAGAAAUCCCAGCAGAGAAGCAGCAACCCACGUUUAAUUGAACCAAAUGGUAAACCUAAUGACUGCUAUGGGUCAGUGAACAUGUGUAUAAAAGGGAACAGUGGCAGCAUCUCUCAGAAAUCACAGACUUCUCAUUUAAAUCCUGCAUAUCAAACCAGCUACCAGAUGUCUACAUUAUUUCCACUCCAAAGAAAAGAAAGUAUAGAUGAGUACAUUCAAAAUAGUGGAAAGAUGAGAAACUUGACUGGCACAGAAGAUAUUUCCAAACACAGUGAAAAGCAAAAUUUGUGGAAAGAAAAUGAUAAUUAUUUUACUAAUGAAACAAAAAUCAGUCCAGUAGAUAGUUACAUUUCACUACACGAAGAAUACCAAAAAAAUGAGGUUCUUGGUUCUUUGGGAGAAAAUUGUGAUCAAAUAUUAACUGCUGAAGAAUUAAAAAUACCACAGUUGCCUACAUCUACCAUAAAGGAUAAGUAUAAGGUAGAUCCUCUAGCUUUGGAACUUCAAAAUGAUCUUACUCCACGAGUGGAGAGUCUUCAGCAAACGUAUCCUCAGUCCUCUUUGGAAUAUGAAGAUAGUAUGCAUAUAAGUUUUGCCAUUUCUCAGAAACUAAUGAACCUGAAGUUGGAAAAAUCAAAUCAAAAUUAUGUUAGCAUUAUGAGUGAUGCUUUCCAGGAAGGAAAAGGCAAUCCCCAGGCCAUAGAGCUAGCUGUUGAUAAAGUUAUUUCAUCUCAUGACAUUAAAAGAGCUCAUGGCAAUUCAGAUUACAGCAUAAUGAAAGAACAUAUAUGGGUUCAUAGGAAAAAGGCAAAUGCACCAAUGUCAUUAGAGAACAUUCAGAGAAACUGCAAAGAAGUUUCUCAAAUGGAUGAUAAAGGUCAAAAUCACACUCUGUUCUGUAAUGCACAGUUGAACAGUGAUACACACCUAAAUGUUAAUUUCAAAGAACAAAUAGAUAAUGAUAAAGAAAACCAAAAUGAGACCAAAAAGAAAGACACUGCUUUGUCUAAAGAAAACAGCAUAGAGAAUAUUUAUGAAGAGGAGAAGCAGGAUUGUCAUAUAAACCAAAAUUUCACCAAUAUAGAGGAAAAGAAUAAAACUUGCAGUAGUGUGGAAAUUCUGAAUUCUGAAGACUUUUCCACUACAUUUAAUUUAGCUUGGAAAAAAUGUUUGCCAACAGAAACUACAUUAUUUGAAAGUGAAGAUGUUGUCACUGUCAUAAAACAAAAAGAUACCCAGAAUACUGGACAAAGUAUAGAGCAUAUGUCUUCCACAACAUUUCCUGAAAUUGCAGUUUCUUCAGCAUAUGUUACCUCAAAUGCUGCAGUACAGAUAACUGGAACUGCAGUGCCUGCAUUAAGUACAAAUUGUGAAGAUCACCAAGGACACCAGUUUGAAGAAACUUGUUCUUCUCAGAGUCCAGAUUCAAGUUUGUUAAUAAAACAUAGGGUUUCUAAUUGUGCAGUGGAUAUGGAUAUAAAUGAAUUAUAUGACUCAUUUCCUCAAUCACUAAAUGACAACUUACUUCUUCAAAGUUUUGAAAUUGAAAAUGAGAUUGAAAUAGAGUCAGAAGUGUGUGAUGAUACUUUGCCAUUUCAACAAGAUACUCUUAGCCAUGAAAAUGUACUGUAUGAAGAAUAUGAGGCUCUCAAGUCUCGUAUUGAUUGGGAAGGCCUAUUUGGAAACAAUGGGGAGACAGAAGUUUUUAAAAGUACCACAAAAAGGGAGAAUAGUGAUCAGCAUUACUCUGAAGAAAGUAAUUUGUUUUCUUCCUCCACACAGAAAAAGAAAGCAAACCCAAUUUUACUUCCAGAUCUACAAAUUACUAUUACUAAUAUAUUUACACCAAGAUCCAGUCCCACUGUUAAUUCCCUUGCAUUGAAAGAUAAUUUUUGCAAAUACGUAACUGAAGCCUCAACACCAGCAAUAAAUGAGGAAGAGCAGAAAGUUCCAGGAUUUGAAAUUUAUUCCCAGUGUUCUGGUGAAAAUUCAGAUUGUUCAUGUGAAGAGAAGUUUGGUAAUAUAAGACAAGUGAGUGAAUCUGAAACCCUUCUUUCUUCUGACUUGAGUCAUAAUACACACGUUAAUCACAUAUCUAAAGAACAAAAUGGUGGAACUUUGCUUACUGAACCUUCCAAUGUCACAAGAAUAAAGAAUGAAAACAGAUGUGACCCUACAGAGUCAAAAAUUGAUGGUAAUGAUACUGAAAAUAAAAAGGACACACAUUCAAGAAGUAACAAAAGAAAGCCACAUACAUCUUUUAAGGACCAGAACAUACCACAUAAAGAUGUGAGACAUCACGAGAUUUGUGGGAAAAAGAGGAGGCUAACCUGUCAAGACUCAUCUGAAUGUUUUGCUUCUUUAUCCCAAGGACGAAUUAAAACCUUUUCACAAUCAGAAAAGCACAUUAGGUGUGUUCUGGAUAUUCUAAAUAGUGAAGUAUCUUUAUGCAAAAGCAAACGCCUUUCCAGAAAACUUGACAGAGCUGUUCUACACCUAAAAAAAGCUCAUAGAAGAGUUCACACGUCUUUGCAGCUAAUAGCUAAAGUGGGAGAAAAAAGCAAGAGCCCAUUACCAAAAUCAUAUGCAAUAAUAUGCAAUAAUUUCUGGGAAAGCUGUGAUCUUCAAGGUUAUAGUUCUGUGUCUGAAAGAAGAUAUUAUUCCACUAAGCACUUUUUGUCAAAAAGAAAAUAUGACAAACCAGGAGAGAAAAGAGCUUUGGGAUUUGAAGUUGAUAAAUCAUUAACUCAUGUAUCAAAGCACAAGUUUUAUAAAACAAAUGGAGAGAGACUUAAAAAGUGUCUUCCUAAGAACAACCUGGCCAGAAGUCAAACCACUAUUCAUGUGAGAGAAUUUUUUGAUCAGAUGUACUCUGAGUCACAGUUACCUCUCUGCUCCACAUCACAGAGUACAAGUCAGUCUGCUUACAACAAUGGAAGUGUGAAAAAUACAGAAUCCUUAGAACUCCAACCCUUUUCUGAAAAAACUGGGUGUCUCUUUUCCUCAGAUUGUCCAGAUGAUAAACUAACAGAAAAAGAAAAUCAAAUUGAUAUGAAAGUUUUGUCUAUCAGUAAAUAUGAAGAACUUGCAAACAAUACAGCCUGCAAUAUUAAUGAUAAAACAAAAGAAAACAAUUCUGAGACUAUUGAAGUAAUAAAUAAAAAUUCAUUAAGUUGUACAAAUGAAAACAGCGUAAGUUUUAGCACAGACAAAAAUUGUGAUACAACUUGUAUAGCUCACACAAAAGUGAAAACUAAUGUGCUUAUUUCAGUCUUAGAACCAAAUGUGAAGCACUUUUUAAAUGUUGAUAUCUGCAAACCAGAAAACCUCAUUUUGUCUGAUUUUAAAAGAAAUGUUGAAGUAGAAAAAUCGGCAACUCCUAUUGAGAGCCCCAAAGCAAGCAUUAUUACAGGAAACUUCAUUAUGGACCCAAUAAAUAUAACUCUGAUGACAAGCAAAAUGUGUAGCAAUAUUCCUCAAUUGUUACCAGCUGCUCCAGUGAUAGAUAGUAAGGGAGAAUUCUCAAAACCUUACUUGGAUGAACAGAGAAUUUUUGCUAUAGACUCAUUUGUAGCAUCCACUACUAUACCACACUACCAGCAAGAAUGCAGUGGACAAGAACUACUAAAGACAGAACAGUGCUCUUCAAGUGAUUGCUUCCAUGUAGACAUGAAUGAAACAAAUGUUACUGAGAAUUCCAAGUUGGAUUUAACUCCAGUAACUGAAGAAAGUAAAAAUUGUGGGAAAAAUAUAAUGAAACUAUUUUCCAAUGAUAGUUCUCUGCUGUUAAAAGAUAAUAUAAAGGCUGGUUCUUCAAAAAAAUGUAUUGUAAAAAAACACAUUCAAAACAGGAAAACAUGGAAAGUUAAACAAACAGAAAAAGCAAAAAAUUCAGUUGAUGAAAGAAGCUUGAUGGGAGCAUCAAGCUGUUCAACUGUUAAGACUGAGUACAAAAAACAGAAGAAUAAGAUCUUAGAAGGUUAUUCCUGCUUAAGUGAGACAACAGUUAAAAAUAACUUGAUUGAUUCUCAUCUAACCAUAAAAAGUACAACUAAGACAGUUUCUUUCAAUAACACAAUUUCUAAUUGUGAGAGAGAGGAGGAUGUUAAAGUUAGCCAUGACUCUUUGGUGGCCUCUACGAUGCAUUCAGAAACAGCAUGUGAUUCCAAUCCAAGAAUUGUAGAAAUAAAUCAUAUGCCUGUUUCACAUGCCCACUCUGAAGCCUCUAAAGUUACUACUCAGAAGAGGCCUACAACACAAAAGAAUGAGUUUAAAGAAAAACAUUGCUCAGCUGAUCAUUCUGCUCUUGUAGCUAGGUUACCUCAAAUUUUAAGGAGAGCGGAUGAAGCGUCAUCUUUGCAGAUUCUGCAGGAAGAAACUAAGGUUUGUCAAAAUAUUCUCCCUUUAUUUGUUGAAGCUUUUGAAAGAAAACAGGAAUGUUCGUUUGAACAAACCUUGAUUUCAAGAGAACUGUUGGUUGAGCAAAACCUAUGGAGUAAUUACAAACAGAAGUUAAAGCCAUGUGCUGUUGACUCAUUGGUAGAACUCCAAAUGAUGAUGGAAACUAUUCAGUUCAUUGAGAACAAAAAAAGGCUCUUAGGAGGUGAACCAACAUUCCGAAGUUUGCUUUGGUAUGAUGAGACAUUGUACAGUGAGCUGCUUGGCAGACCUCGUGGAUUUCAACAACAAUCCAAUUUCUAUCCUGCUUUUCAAGGAAGGUUAAAAUAUAAUGCAUUCUGUGAGUUGCAGAGCUAUCAUGAUCAACUAGCUGAAUUGCUUGAAGAAACCAAAAGAGAAGACAAUGCAUACUAUGCAUUCUUAAAAUACAGACGACAGAUUGAUGAGUGUGAAGCAAUAAUGAAGCAUUGCUCUGAUUGCUUUGACUUUACACUUUCGGUUCCAUUUACCUGUGGAGUUAACUUUGGAGAUAGUGUAGGAGACCUAGAAACUUUAAGAAAAAGUACUUUAAAACUGAUCGGUAUGCAUAGGGACUCUCCUAAAGAUGAUUCCUAUCCAGGAAAACAAGAUCAUCUGUGGAUUAUUAUAGAAAUGAUCUCCUCAAAAGUUAACUUUAUCAAGAACACUGAGGCAGUAAAUAUUAAAAUAUCUCUUUAUGGUUUGGAACAUAUUUUUUUUGAUGCUGCAAAAAGUCUUGUUUGGAAAGAGAAGCGACAAUUGUUCAGCAAAAAUUACCCAGGAAAGAAGAACAAAGAAAUGCUGCUCAAAAUGAAUCAAUGUGCUUUUUCAAAGUUGCAGAUGAUAUAUGAUACAUUGUCUAAAGAUAUAAGCAGUUGCAAUAAUGGGUUUAAGGAAAAUACUAUGAUUGCUUCCAGAAAGUCAGAUAACAUUAUAAACAAAGCAGCUGUUAGCCUGGAGAACUUUAGAUUUAAUAGUACUUUUUCACGCCCAGAUAUCUGUUGUAUUAGUGAAAUAUUAGAUCAGGCUGAACUUGCAGACUUUAAAAAAUUAGAGGAACUCACUUCAAAAUGUACUGAUCACUUAGAAAUUUUAAAAAAAUAUUUUCAAAUGCUGCAAGAAGACAGCAUAGAAAAUAUAUUUAUCACAGAAGAAAAUGCUUUGGACGUGCUGGAAAACCACAGCCAUGAGGCCAUAACAUUAAAACCUGCAGCCACUGAAACAUAUAUUGAAAUUGUCAUGCUGUCAGAAGCAGUUCACUUUCUUAAAAACUCAAUGGCAAAGAAACUAGGCAAGGAGAGGUUUCGAGGUAUGCUUUGGUUUGAUAUAUCACUUCUUCCUGAUCUGGUUUGCUGCCAAGAAAGGAUGACAACUUUUUCAUUUCUUAAAGAUAAUUCAACAGAUUGCCUUUGGAAAGUGAUAGAAACUGCUAUUUCUGAACUUAAGAAAGAUCUAGAUAUUCUGUGCAAAUAUAAUGAAGCUGUUAAUUGCUCAUAUGCUCUUCGUUUGCUAUCAAGAGAACUUGAAGAACUUUCAGAGAUAAAAAAACUUGUAAAGAAGUCUGAGUAUUCUGUUCCCACUUAUAUUGACUUUGUGCCAUAUAUAACAUCCAUAAAUUAUGGAAACACUGUGACAGAAUUAGACUACAACUACAAUCAGUUUUCUACAUUGCUCAAAAAUGUAAAGGCUGCCCCUAGGAGAGAUAUAGGGAAAAUGGCCCAUAUUAUGAAAGUCAUGAAAACUAUUGAACGUAUGAAGGUAAUAUGUGCUAGAGAUGCUCAAUUAACUAUUUCCUUUGUCCUGUGCCAAAUGCUACAUAACGAAAGGAAGAUUUUCCAAGUGAAAAGAAAAGAAAAAGUGAAUGUUCAUGUAAAACCUAGGCAGAGUCUUAGUAAAUCAAGUACUUGUAUGAAGGAACCCUGUAGUUCAGAGGGCAUAGUGAAAAACGUUUUGAAUUCUAAAAAACGACCUGUUGUAGAGAAAUGUGAAGAUACUCAGGAACAAGAGAAAAACAUUGCUGUUUCCAGUUGUAAAAAACAAAAGAUUAACAUGAAAGAUGUCACAAAAAUCAGCAGAGAAAAAGCAGUGUUCAAGCAUCCAAGAAAUACAAAAUCUCAUCCUGGAAGUGAAAAUGAAGUAAGACCAAAUUCAUGUGAUAAUCAGGAAAAAAGUCAUAUAUCUCCAAAAAUGGUUCAAAUACAAAGAUCACCACCUGGCUCACUUUUACCUUUAAGGAACUUGAAAGACAUUUGUACAUCAAAUUCAGAGAACAAAAUAGAUUUGACUAAGACUUCAUCGGAUACUUCAGAAGAUUUUACCAGUCAACAGGGAAACUUAAAUAGUAUAAAGAAAAGAAAUGUAAAUUUUAGUGUUGCUGAGACAAAAAGUGAUAAAAAAGAUGAUUAUUCUUUGUCAGUUUAUAACAAAAAAUGUGUAGAUGGCACAUUUUCUAAAAUCCAUGAGGCACCUUCACAGAAACUUCUCAAGAAUUGUCCAGGUCCUACAGAGAAAACAUGUCCCUCAUACAGGAAACCAGAAAUUGAUCCUUCUCUUUUGUCUAAUGCAACAGUGCCUUCCAAGCCUGUUUUCCAUUUCGUAAAGGAUAUCCAUGCCAAUUUAGAAGUGAAUGACACUGUCUUUGAACUGCAGGAUAAUGAAAUAUUAAAUUCAUCUUUUAAAAAUUCUGCAUGCACCAGUCCUCCAGAAUCCAUAUUUAUUCAGAACAAAGUUCCGACUUUGCAAAUAAAUAAAACACAGCCUGCAGAAACUGAGUCAAAAGAAAAAUAUAUUAAGGAUACACUGAAUUCCAGUACUCUGUCCAUUGGAGCAGCUGAAAACACUUUUUUUGGACGCAAUAACGAAAAUUCAGUAACUCAGAAUGCUGCUGUAUAUUGGAAUGAACUGCCACAGUUUUCAUGUACCCCAACAUAUAAUUCUUCUGAGCAUUCAUUUGGAACGUCAUAUCCUUACUAUGCUUGGUGUGUUUAUCAUUAUAGCAGCAGCAGUGGCAAUUCCAUUACUCAGACAUACCAGGGGAUAACAUCAUAUGAAGUACAGCCAUCACCACCUGGGAUGUUGACUACAGUUGCAAGUGUACAGAACACACAUUCUAAUCUUUUAUACUCUCAAUAUUUUGGUUACUUUUCUGGAGAAUCACAAGCAAAUGACUUUGUGCCAGGCAAUGGGUACUUUCAAUCUCAAAUGCCUGUUUCUUACAAUUUUCAGCAACCCAUUUUUUCACAGUGUGCUUCCCAUCAACCAUUACCACAAGCUGCAUAUCCUUAUUCUCCUGAUUCAGGUGUGCUUCCAGAAGUUCCUUGGACGUAUGCUCCAUGGCAACAAGAACCCUUUCAGCCAGGACAUUGAAAAUAGUCUUCUGUCUACUGAAAUAAAGGAGAUCUAACAAGUUUUUUCAAGUAUUUUUUACUUACAUUUUUUUAUUUUAACAUUUUUUAAUAUAUGUAAAUGUGGUAGGGAAUAUAAACCUUGAGAACUUUUUAUAAACUGUUUAGCUGCAAUGCUAUAUCAUGUAAUGCAAUAGAAAAUCAAUUUCUGAUACCCAAAUACCAGAAUUAUUUUCACGUAAUCAUUUGAGUGAACUGUACUAGGCUAUUUUCACUACCUACCUGGCCAUCAGAAACAUUAACAAUAUUUUGAAAUUCAUUUUUUGAAUUGUUACUAUACAGCUAUUACAAUUAGAUACUGAUUUCUUUGGGAUUAUUUUAAUAGAAAAAGGUGAGUAAAUGUCGCAUUUAAUAUAAAGUUUAAAGAACAGUAGUAAAAUCUUUAAAAUGAAGAUUUCUGUUUCUAUUAUUGUGCCACUUAAAGUAAGUUUUUUUUAAUUGGGAUUGGUCAUUAGACCAAUCAUUUCAUCAUUCUUGAUAUUUAUAUUCGUAUUACUUGUAAUUCGGUGUCUAACAUAACAAAUUUCUUUAAUUUCAAUAUUUUCUAAUUUUCACUUCUAAAGUAUAUUUUAAUAGAGAACUUGGUUUUCCUAUUUUCAGCAUUUCUCCUUGCUGAAGCUUUUUUAAAAGUUUUAUACUGAAAGCAACUUUAGAUUAUUAUAUUGGGAUUAAAGCACAUUUAACACCUUUUUCCUUGAGAGCCUUUUCCUUAAGAUUAUUUCUUUUGUAUUUGUAUUACACAAUUUAAACAGUUCUUUUAAUUUUUGGUAACUUAAAUAAUAAAGGUUAGAAUCUUUAGCUAAUGCUGUAGGUUUAGUCUUAUUUUAAUAAUUUAAAUAAUGCCCCACAAAUGCAAAUUGAUUGUUUGGUUUCUUAGUCUCACUGAAAGUAGUUGAAAUUGCUGUUUUUUCCAAAUACAAGUUUUUUUAAUCCUGUGGACAUAGAUCCCCCCCCCUUUUCAGCAUUAAAGAAAAGUGAAAAAACACUGUAGUAAUAAUCAUCAUAGAAAAAUGGGUAUACUUUGUAACUGUGCCUUGAGCAACCUCUCUGCGUCAACUAUUUCUGUCCCAGUGAGAAGGAUCCCUCAGAGCUGAAUAGACCUUUUUUCAAGUGCUAGGGGACCCUAAAAAGUGACAAGAUAUUUGCAUUGAAUUUAGAAGAUUUAGCUAAGAUAGCAAAAUUUCAUUAUUUUCUUAAACUUUUUAUGUUAGCAAACAUCUUAUAUAUAUAAAAACAGGCAGUUAAUGAGAGUGUAAUUCAGUCAAAUUUGUAGAGUAACUAAGUUUUCAGUUUAGAGAAACGUUAAGAAUCCCAGAGAUACAUACCCCUGUUUAGUCACAUUAAGCAAAAUGGAUGGAAUUCAGAGUACUUAGAGUUCUUCACUAACAAAUCUUUGAAAGAGAAAAAUCAAAGAACUGCAAUUGAAAGAAAUAAGGAAUUUUUAAAAGACUAUAUAGAUUAAAACAGUAUCAAUAUAUAUAUAUUGGCUGACAUAAUUGUUUUAUUUGCAAAUAGUCUAAAACUUAGAAUUCUGCAACAGGUAUUUUAAAGCAGUAAUAUUAGGUGUUCAAAAAAUGACCUUGUCUCAGCUAUUUAAUAUAUUUUGGAUAUGGAAAGAUGUUAUAAAUUUAUUACUAAAAAUGUUUCUGGUAGGUAAACCAAAAGUUAAGCAUUCUAAUUGAAAAUUUUCUUUAAACAACUUCCAGAUUCUGUCUUCAUGGUAUUUUUGUUUCAUGAGUUUUCAUUUCUUCUCCAAAAGAGUAAAAACAGAAAUCUUACUUAAAUACUGUUAUAUUGAAAAUUUUUCACUUUGAAACGGAACAUGGAAAAAAUGGAAUAUUUUCUUUUUCACCCCUUCAAGUAGUUUUGAUUCUAAAAUAAAAAUUAAACAAAUUAAAAUUUCAUCAAAUAUUAUAAACAAACCUGUUUAUUUGUAAAUAUUGUUUGGGAACUUAAAGAAG